CAGCUAGUACGAGAAAAACAAAAGAUAAACCAGAGGCUUUAAGGGGUUUUUCGUCGACUGGCAAGGAUAACAACUUUAGUACUUGUUAGCUAACAAAAGCUGCUAGCUCGGGUUUUCCGUCAGUCACGCUAUGGCAUCGUCCGCUAUGAUCACCGUCCCCACCACCGCCUCCCGGUUUGCGCUGCUCCAGAUUGAUUCCGACUCGGAUACGGACACCUCGGAGCCGGGGAAGUCGAAUGCCAAAACCGGRAAAGAGUCCUCCGGGAAGCCUCGACAAGGAGGGAAGGCAGGGGCAGCAGCUGGGGGAAAGGCUGCUCAGGCUCAGAGCAACGACAAGAAGAAAGACAAGAAAAAGAAGAAGAAGGAGCAGCAGCAAAGCGAGGCAAGUGAGUUGCGUAAUCUGGCCUUCAAGAAGAUUCCUCAGAAGUCCUGCGCCCCGCAGUCCUGCAUGACGCUGUCGGGAAUUGCCAGCGACCUUCUUAACCCGGCAUCAGGAGAACAUGGCGUACCCUCAGAGGGGUGGCAGCAGUGGAAGCAGCGAGACGAACAGAUGACCACAGAACUUUAUGAAGCUGAUUUGGAAAAGGCCUUGAUUCUAAGUAAACUGGAGUAUGAACAACAGAAACAGAGCAACACAAACGCAUUUUCACCUAAAUCACGAGGAGCUAAAGACGGCGGGGUGAAGAAGGACAAGAAGAAGAAUCAACAGGCAAAAGACAAAAAGACGGUUUCUCUGCAGGACUUUCAAGCUGAAGAACAUCUUAGUAGAAAACAAGAAAAGGAGGACUCCAGAGUGUCAAACCCAGCAUUAAGAACCGGACAGGAGGAGCGUUUUUUCAAUAAACUAGAAGAUGAUGUAAGUCGAAUUAUCCAAAGGGAGAAAAGACGUGAGCAGUAUUCUAACAGCCAGGGUCAAGAGGUCAACACAUCCACGGAACACGAACCGGACCCUCGAACAGAACAACUGAAGUACGAUCUGGAGAAGAAGGACCGGGAGAUUGAUCAGCUAAAGAAGACCAUCUCACAGUGGGAGGUGAAAUACAAAGAGGUGAAAGCAAGAAAUGCCCAGCUCCUUAAGAUGCUCCAGCAGGGAGAGAUGAAGGACAAAGCAGAAAUUCUUCUACAGGUAGAAGAACUGCUGCAUAUUAAAGAAGAAUUAUCAUCACAGGUAACAUUAUUACAUGCUGCUCUUGAACAAGAAAGAUCUAAAGUUAAAGGGCUACAGUCUGAACAACCAAAACAUCAGGGAAACAAGAAGGGGAAGAAAGCUGCCGAGUCGGAUCUAUGAAGGAGGAACAAAUCGUGUCUGGAGAUUAUUUUAAAAAAAGAAAAAGAGCAGAGCUAAAGAACUACUGCUCAAAAUUAAUAUCCUCUUCUCUUUUUAUUAUUUUAUAAUUUUUUUCCAAAGUGGGAAUUCUAUUCAGCCUGCAUGUCCCUCUAAACACACACGUAUACAUACAUACACACACAACGUACACUCCCAACAUGGCAUGCUGUGUUCACAACUGAGCAAGAUUUACAGAAGCUUUUCAGAGUAACUGAGUGACUUUGUUUGUGUUGAGAUGCCUGCUGGGUGCUCUGUGUUUCCCCUUUGUGGUGCCUCAGCAUCCCAAGGACUGUCCCAAGACUCUGGGCCAGUCUUUUCAGGGGUUUUGUUGUCAAAACGACUGUUUCAAAUGUAUGCUUUUUUUCCUCACUGAGUAAAUAAAAUCUCUUCAGUGAAGAAAA